AUGAGUUCUGAUUCUAAUUUACUACAUAAAAUAAACCCAUUCAGAAGAAAAUCAAAAGAUCAAACACAAAAAGAACCACUACAACAAGGAGAUGAUAAUAAUACAAAUGAAGAUGCUGUUGAUGAAGUAUUACAAGAAGGACGUAAAUUCUUCCAAUUGCACCGUAAAGCUCCAGAACCACCAACUGGGUCUUCUUCUACUACCGCAGACAAAAGUCAAAAGACAAUUAAGGUAAAACAUAAACCAGAAGAAGUAAUUACUGAAACUUCUGUAGGUAGAGUUAUCACUACUCCUCCCAAUGUCCAUCAUCAACCAAUGGGAAGAAAAGUACCUCCUUCAGGAGAAGAUUUACAAGAAGGCGGAGGUGCACAUGACACAUUGCCAGUAAUUAAUGCUGAAAGUGAAGGUUCUCUGCAUUAUGACGAUUUAGCCGGUUCUAGACCCGAAAGUAACCUUGACACUAAUCGUGAGGUAGAAGGUCAUAUUAAUCAAAUGCAAGCUGAAACCAAUGCAAACUUAAAAUCAGUCAAAGCUGCUCCUGAUCCCCUGUUGAAACCUACUACUGGUUUAAAUACUCGUGAUUUUGCAACCACUGGUAGCAGCCCACAAAAUUUUGAUGGCUCAGAAAAUCAAAAUCCAGAAUUAUCAGACAUUGACAACCAAAUGAAACAACAUGAAGAAAUAAGAAAAAGAUUAGGAGAAGAUCCAGCUAAUGCUUCUGUGUUGACUGCUCAUGAUGCUUCAAUUGAAACACCAAGAUAUCAUGAAGGUGGGUCCGAUGUUGACGUUGGAGCUGGUGGUACUGACAUUUCUGGAAAUGUUCCUUCUUCCCCUACUGCAACUAAAAACAUCUCCGGUACUGGUGGUGUCGGUGUUGGUACUGGCUCUAAUACUGGGUCAGGUACUGCUACUCCUGUAGGUAUGUUAUCAACAGCAGCUGGUUAUUUGGGAUUUGGUAAGAAACCACAUCAUCAUGACGAUCAACCAACAACCACUAGUCAUGAUGAGUCAUUGAUUAAAGGAGCUCAAAAGGUUUCUCCCGAUAUUGCAAAACUCCCACCUCAUCAAGGAGAAGUGGGUGUUACUGGUUCCACGACUGCUGAUCAACCACCAAGAGUUGCUUCUGAAGAUGUUGCUAAGGAUGCAGAAGGUGCUGAAUUUAAAGAAACUUCCCGUUUUAAGAAGACAGAAGAUGAUGUAGCUAAAUUCAAUAUCGAACAUGGUCAUGCUCAUGAAAAGAAAUCCUUACUUGAGAUUGCUGAAAGUAGUGGUGGUAAUGCCGGUGGUGAAUUACCUUCACAUUCAGAAGUUGCAGAUGCUCUGGUUGGAGGAAGAGGUGAUAUGGACAUUCAAGGGAGUGGUGGUUUGGAUGCUGAAGGAAGAGCAUUGAAUGUUGAAGGAGAUGGAAUCAAGGGUAAGAAUUUAGAUGCCGAUCUGGGUAUGACGAAACCAAAUGCAGAUUUAGGUAUUGAUAUGAAGGAUGUUGAUAUGAAUAAGAAUAUGGAUGCGAAUAUGAAUAGAGACAUGGGGAUGAAUUUAGGUGAUGUGAAUCUUCCAAAAGGUGCAAAUAUGAAUAAGGAUAUCAAUGCAAAUGCUAAUAUGGAUAAAGAUAUGGGUAUGAAUUUGGAAGGAUCAAAACCAGGUUAUGAUUCCAAGAUUGAUAAAGGUAUGGCCGGUGUAGGUGCUGGUAUAGCUGCUGCUGGAAUUGGUGCUGGUAUUGCAGGUAUGGAUUUGGAUAAAGGAAAGAAUAAAGAUAGCAAUAUGGAUAAAGAUAUCAAUUUGAAUGCCCCAGAUGCUAGUUUGGAUAAGAAAGAUGCCAAUAUGAAUUUUGGUAAACUUGAACCUGAUAUGGAUACCAAAUUACAAGUUGGUGGAAAGGGAGGUGAUGUUUCUCAGCCAGAUUUGAAUAUGAAUAAAGAUAUCAGUGCUAAUGCAAACGUCGAUACGGGUGUGAACUUGAAAGGAACAAAACCAGAUUCUGAUUCCAAGAUUGAUAAAGGUAUGGCUGGUGUUGGUGCUGGUAUUGCUGCUGCUGGAAUUGGUGCAGGUGUUGCAGGUAUGCAUUUAAGUAAAGGUAAAGAUAAAGAUAUCAAUGCUGAUAAGGAUAUUAAUUUGGAAGGUCCAGAUGCCAGUUUGGAUAAGAAGGAUGCGAAUAUGAAUUUAGGUAAACUUGAACCUGAUGUUGAUACGAAAUUACAAGUUGGUGGAAAAGGAGGUGAUGUUUCUCAACCAGAAUUGAAAUCAAGAGAUAUCUCAGCCGGUGAAAAGUUGGACAAGAACAUUAAUGAAGCUAAUGUAUCAGGUGAUGUUGAUAAAUCAGUUGGUGUCUCUGGUGGUGUUGAAAGACCUAAGUCGGCUUCAAGAGAAGGUUCAAAGAAAGGUUUAUUUUCAAAGAUUGGUGAUGUUUUACAUUUGAGAAGAUCUUCUACGGAUGAAAGUAAGAAUGUUAAGAAACCAGACGUUGAUUUAGGUGCCGAAGGUAAUAUUAAUCCGGAUGCUCAAGUUCAUGCCAAGGGGAUUGAUAAGCCAGAUAUUGAUAUGAAUGCAAAGGAAAUGGGUAAGCCAGAUCUUGAUGUUAAUGCAAAGGGAAUUGAUAAACCAGGAAUGGAUAUUGAUGCUGGUGAACACUUGCCAAAGGGCAUGAUGCAUGAUGAGGAAUUAUCCAAAGACCUUUAUGAACCAAUGGAUACCACAAAAGGUUCGCUUUUGAAAAUGCUGCCUCCAAAAUCACAUGUUCCAAUAGUUAGUUCCGAAAUUUCCACUCAGACUCCUACUGGAGCUCAACUUCCUACUUCUGAUGCUAAUGCCAAGAAGGAUUUCGAUAUGCCUGAAAUGGGAGGUAAAAUGUCAGCUGCUGGUACUCAACAUGAAGAACAUCUCAAGGGAAUGAAGGAAGAUUUUGAUAAUGCCCAAGAAAGAUUAGGUACUCAUGGUGAUACUGGUAUUGAUAAAGGUACUGCUGCAAUUGCUGCUGGUACUGCUGGAUUAGUUGCUUUAGGAGCUAUGGAAGCUAAAGACAAGAAAGCUGAAGGUCUUAAUGCAGAAGUUAAAGAUAAGGGAAUUGAUAAAGACAUUGGUACUUCAGGAAUGGAUGCUGGUAUUUCUAAGAAAGAUUUUGAGGCCGGUACAAAUGCUAAUAUUGAUAAAGGGACUGCUGCCAUUGCUGCUGGAACUGCAGGUUUAGUUGGUUUAGGAGCUAUGGAAGCCAAAGAUAAGAGAUCUGAAGGUCUUAAUGCUGAUGUUAAAGAUAAAGGAAUUGAGAAACAGAUGGGUACGGAUAUUCCAAAUAAAGAUAUGAAGUUAGAUGCUAAUGCUGGUGAUUUGAAUCUCAAAGACACUGAUAUGCCUUCUGAUCAUUCCAAGAAGAAGAGUUCUAGUCCAAGUGAAGAACAUAGGCGUAUUUCAUUAUUUGGUUCCGGUUCCAAAGACAAGUCUGGUUCUCCAAAGAAGGGUAUUUUUGGUGCUUCAUUAUUCCGUAAGAAGAGUCCAAGUAAGAAAGAAGUUCCAAAAGAAUCAAUCUCUGAUAAGGCUGCUAAUGUGGAUGUUACUGCUCCAAUGGCUAACAAACCAGAAAGUGAUAAAUUGGAUAUGACAGCUCCAGGUGAUGUCGAACAUGAAAGCAAGCUUGAAGUUGACAAAGAAUUGAAAGAUCUUGAAACGAAGGUUGGUAUGGGUGUGCACCACGCUGCUGAUACUUCAGAAAAGGGUAAGCAAUUAGAACCUGAACUUGACGUUACUGGUGAGAAUUUGUCCAAGAAUAUUGAUGAACCUAUUAAUGAAUGUGAUAUUUCCGGUGAACCAAAGCUUAGAGAAGGUGUUGAAAUUCCAGAAGGUGGCAAGCUUGAUAUGCCAUCAGGUGAUGCAAAGACAAGUGGUUUGAUGGAUCAUCAAAAAGAAGUUGGUACUGGAGGUAAGCCUGAAUUAAGUUUGGCAGAAGCUGGUGGUCUUGCUGGUGCUGCAGCUGCUGCUGGUGGUGCUCUUGCAUAUGGUGCCAUGAAGCCAGAUAAAGACUUGGAUAUCGAGAAAGACGUGAAUGCACCUAGUAAAGAUAUGAAUAUUGAUAAAGACAUGAGUGUACCUAGUGAAGACAUUAAAGCAGGUGGUUCGGUUUCAGCAAAGACUCCUGAAGGUUCAAAAGCUCAAGAUAUGACAACUUCUAAAUCUGGUUCCAAGAAGGGUAUCUUUAGUGGUGGUAUUUUCCAUUCCAGAAAGAAGUCUAAAGACAAGGUUCCAACAUCCAAGAAGGAAAGUGAUAUUAAAUCUCCAACUGUUAUGAAGGAGGGUGAUGUAAAGACUCCAACAUUUGAGAAAGAGGGUAAUAUGAAAGAAAGUCUGAUAGAUAAAUUACCAACUGAAGUUGCCGGUGCAUUAGGAACAACGCACAUUUCGAAACCAGAGGAUGAAGUCAACGUACCUGAUGUAGAUAAGGAAUUACCGGAAGCAGAUGCGGAUAUUAUUGGUUCGAGUGAACUUGGUGCUCGUGAUCGUUCAAUGGAAAGAGGUUCAAAGAAUGCCUGGCCCGAGUAUUCUUCCGAAAAAGGUAAUCAUAAUGAGGCUAAGAUUGCUGCUGGUAUUGGUGGUGCCACGGUUUUAACUGCUGCUGCUCUUCAUGGUGCCAAGAAGAAGGACGUAGAAGGUGCUCAAGGUGAACAACUCGGUGUUGAACAAGAUAAGAGUAGACGUAUUUCUGAUACUCAAGAAGCUACUCCUAGUGGAAAACAAGAAAUGCAAGCAGCUAAAGGAAAACGUCAUAGUUGGUCCGGUCCAUCAAAGGGUAUUUUUGGUUCAAUUUCAUUAGGUAAACAUAAGAAAUCGUUUGAACAUAAACCAGCUUCUAAAGGUACUAUGGAAACAAGUGGAGAAGGUAUUGAAAAGGCAAAACUUCCACAAAGCAAGGAUGUUUCAACUAAAGAUGAAGCCUUAUUGGCUGGUGUUGGUGCAAUCGCUGUGAGUGAUAGAGCUAUGGAUAUUCCAGUAGAUAAAAUGAAGUCAUCAAAGGAUAUGGAAGCUGUUCAUGAUGAGAGGAUGUUGCAAGCAGGUGGUGUUGGUACAAGUGAUACUACAGAUAUGAGAAAGAAUGUUCCAGGUGCAGAAUUUAAUGUGACUAAACCACUUGGAGAUUCUGAAUUAGGUGAUACUGACAAGGAUGUGGAUUAUGAAGAGUCAUCUCAUAUUAGACCAGCUGAUAAGUUAUUUGCUGCAAAAUCAUUAGAUCCAAAGUUGAUGAAGAAGGACACUGGUGAUUUGUCGAAGGAAAUUUCUGGUUCUACACAAGGAAAAGAAAGAAGUCUUGAUAUGGGAGGUUCUGGAUUUGAUCAACCUCAAGGCAUGGAUAAAGUAAAUCUCGGUACUGGACUCACUGCUCAAGUUCCUGGUUAUGAACUUGGAAGUCAAGAAGAAAAAGAUUUCAUGAGUGGAAAGGAUACUUCAACCAGAGAUAUGGGAACCACUGGUGAUGCAGUUGUUGAUGUUAUUGGAAUUCAAGAUCGUGGUGAAGCUUUCAAGACAGCACAAAGUGUUUCCAAGAAGUUAGAUGAACAAGGUGUUGAUUUAUCAGCCGGAAAAUUGGUUAUUGAUAUGAAUAAACAGAAGAUCUAUAAACCAGAUGUUGAUCAACCUGAUAUGACGACUAGAGACAUGGGUGGUUCGAAAGAUUUAGGAGGAACUGUUAGUGGUGGUCCUUCUGAAGGUGCUCCAUUGCCAACAGGUGAUAAACCAUUAUCUCACAAAGUUGGUGGUGCUGAAGCUGCUAUGGCUGCUGGUCUUGCAGGUGUAGGAGCCGCUGGUGUUGCUAGUUCAUUACAUCAACGUAGAAAGCAUAGAUUACCAGAAAAUGAUAACGAAGAAGAUAUUUAUGUCAAUGUUAAAGGUGUACAUGAUAGUGAAUUUGCCACAUCACUUGCUAGAAAAGUUGUAUUUAGGUUACAAAAGACCCAUUCAUAUGAGCUUGAUAACUUGACCGAAAUUCAAGUUGAUGCAACCACUGGUGAUGUUUUAGAUCCUCAAGGUAAAGAAAUUGUUCGUUAUCCUGAUUUAGCAACUGUUCAAUUACCUGGUAGAAGAGGUAGUAUUCAAGAUUUUGCCAAGUCUACAAUUGAAUCUUCAGCUGAUAUUACUAAACCGGUACUUGCUGGUGUAUCUGAUAGUGCAUUAGAUCUUGAAGGUGAACCAAUAAAGUCAACUGAAAUGCAUACCGGUUCUUCUGAACCUAUUGGAGCUGUGGCAGGUGCAGGAAUGUCUAGAGGUUUGCAAAUGGAAGAAGAAGAAGAAGAUCAUGGUUAUUCAUCGUCAGAGAGUGGUACUAGUGUUGAGAAACCAGCUGCUAGAUUCCGUCAUUUGUUGAAUGAAGGUGCUAAUUAUACAUCUGAUUCAUUAGGAAAUACUAUCAUUAAGGGUCCUCCUACCUUGGUUAGUGGUGAUGAAUAUUUAACUCCAAGAAGUGUUGCUUUACCAAAGGUUGAAUCGCAGAAGACAACAUUGCAAGGUGAUUUGAAAUCUAGUAGUGGAAUUUAUGCUGGAGAUGCGAAAGGAGAAGGAGAAGGUUAUGCCAUGCCUGGUUCAUGGGAAUAA